UCUACUUCGUCGUACUUGCGCCACUGGCAGUGGCAUGGGCAAUGGCCGGCCGGCAAAGUGCUUCAGCCUUCAGCACUGACUGCAGAGCUUCAGCGCAACGCUUUCGAGGAGGUUGAUUUGCUCUACAAACGUUUGCCUUGGUAUCUAGCUAUCCAGGCAGGGCCAGCAUUGAGGCGCGACGAGGCAGGUUCGAGGUCGUGUGAAGCGCGAAUGACAUUGCGCGCAAGCUCCUAAGCGCAGUGGUGUUAAGAUGAGCUCGAGCAAUGGGGCGCCAGGGUGGUUGUACCUAGACGGCGAGCAAAACCAAUGGGGGCCAUUCCAGAUGUCGCAGCUUCAAGAACUCUUUAAGGGGGGUUACGUCACAGCCGCCACAUACCUCUGGGCUGAGGGCCGGGCCGAAUGGAGCCCCCUAAGUGCCAUCCCGGAACUCUACUCCGCUUUGACAUCCGGGGGGGCAUCAACACCAGCGUCAGAAGCCCCCACCGCGGGCCAGCGCUCGCGGGGGGGUCAAGCGCCAGCCGAAGCAGCCCCCCCGGACGUGGACGACGAGCUUGAGAAAUGGAAACGGGAAGUCGAGGCAGCGGAGGAAGAAGUGAAGCGGAAAAAGAAGGGGUACGUGGAACCAGAGCCGACGGGGGGCGACGAAGGCAGGCCCGGGACCCCCCCGGAAGAGGAGCAGGAGUUUACGGACGAUGAUGGGACAGUUUAUACGUGGGACAAGGGGAGGAAAGCGUGGGUGCCUAAGGAGGGGCUGAAAGAGUAUAACCCGGAGGAGAUGGUUUUCGUGCCGGACGAAGAAGUGAUACCGAGUCUGCCGCCGGUGGUUGACGCCGCCGAGGAGGAGAGUCCAGAGGAAGAGAAGCCGCAGCAGGCGGGUCAGAAACGGAAAGGCGAGGAACCGGCGGAAAGCAACGGCGCGGACAAGACGGCGAAAAAGAAGGGGGAGCCGCAGAAGCAGCCGGAGGGCUGGUUCGAGCUCAAGGUCAACACGAGCGUCUACGUCACGGGCCUCCCGGAUGACGUCACCAUGGAGGAGAUUGUGGACGUUUUCCAAAAGUGCGGUGUGAUUAAGAUUGACCCCGAAACGCAAAAGCCCCGGAUCAAGAUCUACCGAGACCGGCAGACCAACCGGCCCAAGGGUGACGGCCUUGUGACGUACCUCAAGGAGCCGUCGGUGGACCUCGCCGUGCAACUCCUGGACGGAGCGCCGUUCCGGCCGGAUUCCGCCGGAACGAUGACGGUGUCCAAGGCGAAGUUCGAGCAGAAGGGCGAGGCGUUCGUGAAGAAGCAGGCGCCGGCCAACAAGAAGAAGAAGCACAAGAUGCAGAAGUUUGAGCAGAAGAACCUGGGCUGGGGCGGUUUCGACGACAAGAACCCCGCCGAACCCAUCACAGUCAUUCUGAUGAACAUGUUCCAUCCGGAGGACUUUGAAGAGGACCCCGCAGUGCUGGCCGAACUAGAGGCGGACGUCGCGGCGGAGUGCAGUAAACUGGGGCCCGUGGAACGACUCAAGGUCUACGAUAAGCACCCCCAGGGAGUCAUUUCCGUCAAGUUCAAAGAAAAGGAGGCGGGCCUCAAGUGCAUCUCCGUAAUGAACGGGCGCUGGUUCGGCGGCCGCCAAGUUUCUGCCGCAGAACACGACGGUGUGACCAACUACGCGCAUGUGCGAGAGUCCGCCGAGGAGGAGCAAGCGCGGUUAGAGCGGUUUGCUCGAGAGUUAGAGGCGUCUUAAGUCGGUCGUGUCUCCCUUCAUUCCACCCAGACGGUUCUUCUCCCGACGCAGUCAGGACCGCGUGCAUUGCUCUGAGCAUAACGAGACCAAAACGGACAUAACCCCCGUCAUUGUAACAAUCAACAAAACCCGGCUCGAGUCCAGUCAAGCUGCUUGGGUGGCCGUUUGAGAGGAUCCGCUGACUUUAUGAGGCCUGAGGGUUCCGACAACUUGAAAAGGGCAGAUACGACCUAGGUGGGUUGUCCAUGUGCCAGGAACACGACCCGGGGUAUGCGGUUUCAAGUGCGCCAUGCUUGCACUCAGGCCUGCAUGGAACUUGUCAUUCACGGCCGUGGUAGCCCCUCAGUUAUGUACGACGACGAUCUUAAUGAUGACCGCCGUUUUUCGAGUGUCUCAAGGUCAUCAUGGCGCAUCAACAGUAGUGCAGUGCGCAAAUUUGAUCCAGGGAACCGAUUGCAGUUAAGUGAUUUUAGUUGGCC